UUUAUAUUUCUUCAUUGUGUAUUCAAAUUUACAAAACUUUUCAUAGAGGAAGAAGAAUACAACAAAUAUCAAUUAAUUUAUUAUCUCAUCAAACUAACAUCAUCUAUAACCAAUCCACUUUUUAAUAAUAAUUAAUACCAAUACUAUUAAUAAUAAUAAUUAUUUAAAUUCCAACGAAAUAUAGAAAUUUAAGAAUGUCCAAUCUCCUGCUCACUUCUCCCUUGCCAUCCUCUCCAACGAAAGGCUUGUUGGAUCAUCUUUCCCCACAUAAGCAGAAUAAUAAUAAUAAUAAUAGCAAAAGACAUUCAUUGGUACUGAAUAGUGGGUUGAAAAUCUCUUUACCAACCUCUACAAGUAACAUGACCGAUUCCUUGCUGUUUACCUCACCUAGAUCCAAUAAUAAUAAUCAAUUCUCUUCUCUUCCUUUUAGUGGUCAAUCAAUGCCACCUAAUGCUCAAAACCUUGUACAAACACCAAGACAUAACAAACCAGAGAGUCCAACAUGUCCAAGAACUGCUCCAAGUCAUUUAGUAACUAAUGUUCCAGUGAAAGGUAGAGGCAAUGGGCUAUCUCUGCACAAUAAUAAUGUAAAUUUACACCUCCAAAAUAAUCCCCUCUCACCAAAUAAUAAGAAACGAAUUCAUCCUCACUCUGCCCUCUCACCACUCAAGCAAGCUCCUCUUCAACAACACAUUCCUCAACCUGGAAAUGGGCUCAAGAUUCAACUUGGUGCUCAGCUUGUCAAUGAUAGAAAUUGUUUAACCUCUUGCAAUAAGACAACUAAGAAAGUGGUGGCACCUUUUGGUGAUCGUAAGCCAUCAGUUGUGAAACGAUUGGAUUUUUCAAGUUUAGCUGGGGAAACUAAUAGUGUUAACACUUGUUCAAACGAUUUGCAAGAUAAUUUUUCGAGUAGUUGUGGUGAAGUGUUUGAUCCAUCUGCAAUUUUAUCAGAAUCUAUUCUAACUCCAAAAACCUUCACACCAACCAAUAUGACCUCACCUAAGAAGAAUACAGACAUUAGUGCUGGAUGGAAUAUGUCUCCUGCUUCGAAGAGAAGAAACUUUGAUGUCAUUCUAAAUUCCCCAUCUCUACAUGCUGACAGAUUUAUACCUCAAAGAUGCACCCAAUCUGAAAUGGAAAUUGCCAAACAUUUAAUGUUUACAUCUAAUGAUGGAAAUGCCAAUACACCAGGAUCUCCAAGCAGUGGUCAGCAAGGUUCAUCCACCAGCUCACAAAUGAAUAUGCCAUAUCAAUUCGAGUCUUGUUUGGAAAGUAGAUUGUUGGAUUCCAAGAUUUCUGAAAAGAAGAUUUUCAAAUUCAAACCAACCAAUUCCAACAUUCAUACAUCCUAUCCUGAUGAUCAGGAUCUCUUCUUUGAUUUUAGCACCAGGGGAGCUGACUCGGCAGAUUGUGUGAGUGAUUCCAUAUUUGACAAUCAGGAAAAUAUCAGAAGAGGUAAUGCUGUGAAUGUACCAUUCUCUCCAAAGAGAAGUAGCCAAACACCAACCAGUGCUGAUACCAAUAUUCAAAACAAGCUCCAAGCAGUAUUUUCCUGCAACAAGCAAUUCUCUCAAAUGACAGAAAUGGAAAAGAGACAACUGCUCCAAGGAGGAAGCAGUUCCAACUCACGACACAGAUCUAUUUCUGCAAUUCCAGAGAGAAUACUCGAUGCACCAAAAUUGGUUGAUGAUUUUUAUUUAAAUUUAUUGGAUUGGAGCUCACAAAAUUUAUUGGCAGUAUCCCUCUUUGAUACUGUCUAUUUGUGGGAUGCAAACAAUGGAAAUAUUACCAAGCUCAUGGAAACGAAUGACAAUGAGGAAGAAGAAACAGAUAAUACGGUUACCAGUGUUGCCUGGACUAUUGAUGGUCAUCACAUUGCUGUAGGAACAAACAAUUGCACUAUUGAGAUUUGGAACGUCGAGAGAAAGACCAUGGUAAGAAGAAUGAUUGGUCAUCAGGCAAGAGUUGGUUCCCUUUCAUGGAAUCCUCGUUGUCAAUCUAUUCUUUCAUCUGGAUCUAGAGAUGGAAAGAUUUUAAAUCACGAUGUAAGAAUAGGUCCAGGUGCUAUUCAUUCUAAUAGCCAUGGCAUGUUCCUUCAUCAACAUGAAACCAUUCCUCAAUAUCCAAGUCAAGUUGUUUCUGUCUAUUCAGGUCACAACCAGGAAGUUUGUGGCUUAAAGUGGUCUCCAGAUGGAUCUCAAUUGGCCUCAGGUGGUAACGACAAUACUCUUCAUAUUUGGGAUGCUAGUAGUGCUAGCUUCUCGCCUGCUCUAUUCACAUUCAAUGAACAUACUGCAGCAGUUAAGGCUCUUGCUUGGUGUCCAUGGCAGAGCAAUUUGUUGGCCUCUGGAGGUGGUACAGCCGAUAGAAAGAUUCACUUUUGGAAUACUUCUAAUGGUGCUCUUUUGAACUCUGUGGAUACUAAAUCUCAAGUGUGUAGUUUAUUGUGGUCCAAGUAUGAUAAGGAACUUGUUUCCUCUCAUGGUUUCUCUCAGAAUCAAUUGAUUGUAUGGAAGUAUCCAAGUUUGAGAAAGGUUGCUGAGCUCACUGGUCACACAAGCAGAGUAUUGCAUUUGGCUCAAUCUCCAGAUGGAAGCUCUGUAGUUUCAGCAGCUGGUGAUCAGACAUUACGUUUCUGGAAGAUCUUUUCGAGUGCUUCAGACAUUCUACACUCUGGCAGUCAAUCUUCUUCGUUUGGAUCAAAGCAAUUUGGUCGAUUCUUUUCAAAUCAAACAACUCAUACCCUAAGCAAUGACAUGAUGACAUUGAGAUAAAUGUUACUUGUUUCAAAAUGGUAACUUUUAUCUUGUAAACUGAUUUCAAAAACCAAUCAAAUCAUUUAGACAUUGAUAAUAAAAGCCUUCGAUUUUUCUC